ACUGGCUCUACCGAGAUGAGAAUGAGAAGAAGAAAAAGACAUAUCAAACAGAGUAUCGCUAAAGAAAAUCAGCAAUGGCGUCGUCGAAUCUGAGCCCAGCGUUUGCAUACACGGUGCUCUACGUAAAAGACGUAGCCGAAUCCGUAGCUUUCUAUGUCAAAGCCUUUGGCUAUUCCGUUCGUCGCUUAGACGAAUCUAAUAGAUGGGGUGAGUUGGAAAGCGGACACACAACAAUCGCAUUCACUCCAAUCCAUCAACAUGAGACUGAUGAUCUCACCGGUGCUGUCCACACCGCUCGAUCUAAACAAGAAAGACCACCGGUCGAGAUUUGUUUCAUUUACACUGACGUUGAUGCUGCUUACAAGAGGGCGGUGGAGAAUGGGGCGCUGGCGGUGAGUCAGCCGGAGGUGAAGGAGUGGGGGCAGAAGGUUGGGUACGUCAGAGAUAUUGAUGGUAUCGUCAUCAGAAUGGGAAGUCAUGUCAAGCCAGCAAAGCUAGAUUAACAAAUUAAACAUGCUAUUAAUUAUGUUUAUGUUUAUGUUUCUGUGAAUUUAUAAACAAAUGCCACCGUAUAUUAUGGUAAAAUUACUUAUUAGUUACUAAAAUAAAAUUAUCAACUGCAGACAGCAAUAGAUGAAUUAUCAACUUACAUUAAUUA